AUGUGGGUUGGCGACUACCGCGGGUACAUAUCAUGGGAUUUUGAUGCAGUGUGGGCUGAGGCGGAGGAGAUGAUUUCCGCUGAUCGAGGGAGUUCAAUCGGGAUGUUUACUUUUUGGAGGUGCCGAGUUGAGUUGGCCGACGCAAGGGAAUUCAAUUCCGCCCGAUCGCCCGCUAAGAGACGAGGGACCGCGAUGAUGGGAAUUUACAACGUGGAACAGUUCUGCCCAGGCUUGCGGCGGAGGAGUGAAUCUUCAGAGUACAUUGAGCCGAAAGACCGAGGCACGGCAAGCUUCGGCCGGACCAAAGCAACGUACCGCGACGAGGGCAAACGGAGGGACGAAGGUACCAGGUACCUCCUGUACCUCCUGUACCUCCUGUACCUCCUGUACCUCCUGUACCUCCUGUACCUACCUCCCGCGCACGCGACCAGAUACACCUGA